CUCUCUCUCUGUAGAUUCUACUACGACUCCACACGUCUCUUCCUCAUCAUUCUAUACAUCUAAAAGUACCCCCAGAUUUGACUUUAUCUACCAUUUUGCCUCUCCUUCGCCACCUUCCUUUAUCAUCCCUUCUUUCUCGCUUUCCUCGUCUCUUUACCCUUUUCCGUACAACACAACAAUGGCGAGAGGCUCUUCCCAGUCCCAACAGUCAACUUCCACCGCCUCCUCGACCGCCCGGCCCGGUCUGGCCGCUCCCCGUGGAUCCGCCGCCGCUACGGCGGGCAUGCGUCGACGCAGGCUCGGUGGCGGUGGAGGCGCCUCAUCAGGGGGUGGAUCCGUAGCUGGAUCAGGAUCGAGCAACAUGCUGAGAUUCUACACCGAUGAAGCUCCUGGACUGAAGAUCUCACCCACCGUCGUCCUCAUCAUGAGUCUCUGCUUCAUCGGCUUUGUCACCGCUCUUCACGUCUUCGGGAAACUCUACCUCCACAAGUCCGGAUCCAAAGCUUAGAUCCGGAUCCGGAUCUUUUCUUCCGUCGGUUGUAUCAGUGGUCGCUAUGUUUCUUUUCUUGUUUUUCUUUUUUUGGUUUCUUGUUUCUUGAAUCUUGAUGAUCCAUGUAAAACAGCUUAACUUUGAAUAAAACAUGUUACUUAUGGAA